CUCAAAUUUCAUCAGAGUGUAAUAUUUCCAUCAGACUAGCAUGAAAGUCUCUUUUUCUACAAGAUAACAUUUGAAAAUCACCGAAAAUGAUCUACAGAAUGAUAUAUCCGUUAAUUUUAAAUUUUGUCAUGUCUGCUGUGGCAUUUUUGAUAACUAUGAAGUUGAUUUCUGGAAUGAAGCCCUUGUUCACCAAGGCCGGUCUCUGUGGUAAAGAUCUCAACAAAAAAGACAACAAAGAUUUGAUGUAAGUUCAUUUAGCCGUUCUUUCAAAAUAUUCCGUGGAUAUUGUAUUGAAAAGGAAACGUAAUUGUACGUAACCAGAAAAUUGCCUUCUUAAUCAGAUAAUCCUAAGCAGUUUAAUACGAGACCAUGGAGUUUGAAGCGUGGGUUGCGGUGAUUCGUUGAUUGUAUUUGUGGAGAAAUUUUGAAAUUUAGACAACACAACGGGGCUUUAUUACUUUCUGUUUCUAGUACACUAAAAUGUUUUCAGCAGGGGACUGAACAGAUCGUUAGAUCAGCACAAUGCAAUUCCAACAAACUCAUCAAUAUGAGCAUCACGUUUUGGACUGUGGCUUUUAAGUCGUUGAUGCUACAAAAUCUCAUUUUUUAAAUCGGUCUUUGAACCCUGCCUUUCUAUUUUAAAUUGGAUUCCACAUUCACCAUUUGUGUUUGCUAAUUUCAAAUGCAAGUCAAUUAUUAUUGAUUUUGAACAGCUGUGUUGACCUCUGCCGCAAUUAAUCAGGGCUUUGUAAAAAGUGCUGUCAGAAACAUUGCAGGGAUCCCAAUGUUUUGGCCUGUGAAAUCCCAAAUGCAAAAACUAAGAUUUCCUAUUCACCCAAAGGCAAAAGUCAGGGCCACUACGCUCUGCCAGAAAGUUGUUUUCGAUCAAGUCGUCUUGAUGCUCUAGUUGAUCCAGUUCCACGUAGAUGACUUGUAGAAUAAGGAAUAUUGAUGCAUUAUAUAGUUUUCUUGUGCUUGUGCUAACUAUACAAAAAAGGUCAUGCACUUAAUAAAUAAAUAAAUUAUUGUUCUACAGUUCUACCACUCCCUUAAGUUUGUAGCAAAGCAACUGGUUUCCUGAUAGAGCUUAGCACCAUUGCCUCAAUCCUUUACCCCCCCCCCAAAUAUCCUCUGAGAAUUCAACUCAUCACUUUUGUGUAAUUGAUUAAGAAUGUUUUUUGGGUUGGAAUAAUAAAUUGACAUGCACUUGAAGGUGUUUAAUUAUUGUUAAUCCAUUUUUUCUGCAGCCCUGAGGGUCUUGGUGUCGUUACUGGAGCAGUGUUUCUCAUUUCCAUGUUUUUGUUUAUUCCUAUUCCAUUUUUCACUAUUUGGUUUGAAAAAGGCGACUAUGAUUUUCCACAUCAUGAGGUAUGUUAUUAUUAAAAUGUGAAACAGAAGCAAAAGGAGGAAAAAAGAAACCACAAAUGAGAUAUGAAGAUGAUGUGAACUGUGAAAAUACAAAUUUUAACUGAAAAUAUCAUAACAUUCAGAAAAUAAGCCCCUCCAUGUAUAAGCCCCUCAAAAUCGUAACGCAAGAAACCCUCUGUUAAAUCGCCCCUCUGAAUAUAAGCCCCCCGGGGGGCUUGUACAUGGAAUUUGCUCUUGAAUACAAAGUAAAGCAAAGCAAAAAUGGUAAAUUUCCUUCCCACUACAAGCUAGCCCAACCGAUUUUGAAAUGCAAAUUUCCCUCCAUUCAUAAGCCGCUCCGAAUAUAAGCCCCUCCAAAAAUAAGCCUCUCAAAAAGGGCCAUUGAAAAAUAUAAGCUCCAGGGCUUAUUUUCAGAAUUUUACAGUAUGAUGAUUGCAGUGGUAAUUCCAAUUUAACCAAAUGCGAAUAAACCAAAAAAAACAAUUUCAGGACGUCACAGGAUGCAAACCCAUGGCCUUUGCCUUAGUGCUGUAGUGCUCUACCAUUUGAGCUAUAUAUGAAGACCCACAUAUUUAUGAGAGCAGCCAAUUUGUUGGGCUCAUCUUAACCCGUGAAAGGAAUGAAAAAGGGAGAUGAUAUGAACUGCUGAAAUACAAAUUUUAUAUGAAGACAUGAUCAUCGCAGUGGUAAUUGCAAUUUAAGCAAUUGCGAAUAAACCGCCCCCAAAAAAUUUCAGGACUUCAACAAAUGAGAUAGUUAGGCUUCCUGUGCAUGUGUGUUUUUUUUAAUGUUGCUAUUAUUUUUGAGUGCACUAGAGACAAGGUAAAAGUUGCCUUACAGCUGUAUCUGUAAGCAAACAAUGUUGUUAUCACCUCUUAACAGCUUAGCAUUUUUAUCAGUACAGUGAGACCUGUAUCACGCGGAUACCCACAGGACCUUUGGUGCUGUCUUGGUACAGGUUCAUUUUAAAGAAAAUAUAGGAAGAAAUGUUUGAAACAAACUGAGCCAUUUGUUGACUUAAAACAGGGUGUUUACUUAAUAUGGGGUCUGCUUAAUACAGUGAUUGUUGUAUUCAACCUCUCAAGGUGCUCUCCUUCACAAUAUUAUUCAGUCAUUAUGAAGACAGCACAUGGUGACUUCCGUUAAACUACUAAAUUCCUUCUCCAAUUUUCAGUGUAUAUGCUUGUGAGUCGUAGAGAGAAUUUUGUAUUAGGUCAGGAAUCACUUUGGGCCUUACUUCCACACACCCCUCCAUUUUAACUGUUCAUGUAUUUCCUUUUUAAAUUAUUGUAAUAGUUAAUCAUUAAUUCAUCUCAUACUGACCACUAUUUUUCCACUCACAGUUUGUCAUGUUUAUUGCUGGUCUUCUGUCCAUUUGCUGUAUGAUUUUCCUUGGUUUUGCUGAUGAUGUUCUUGAUCUCAAGUGGAGAGAUAAACUUCUGCUUCCGACAAUGGCUUCUCUUCCACUACUGAUGGUAUACUUUGUCAAUAUUGGUGUCACCACCAUUAUAGUACCUAAACCUCUCAGAUUUAUCUUAGGAUUUGAUUUAGAUUUAGGUAAGUAUUAAUUAUCAACAGACUACCUAGAACAAAUGAAUAAAACAAUUAUAAUUUUUCACACAAAAGUCAAAGUGGUUUGAUCAUGCCGUUUCCAUUUAAGAUAUAUGGUAAAUGCUUGUAAUAAGAAAUUAACCGUUUAAGCCGCAAUAUCCACGUACGAAUUCUCCAAACUGAUCUCUAGACAUUUCCUUAAGGAAUGUGUUGGGAGAAUUUGAUAAAAGAGCAAAACAUUUUCUCUUUGGCGAUCAAUUUAUCAAUUCUCAUAACCUAAUCUCUUGACAUUAUAUAGAUAUGGUUAAGAGAAAAUUGAUGUUGGUCACCAUUGGGACUUAAAGGGUUGAGGAAUCUAUUAGCCUGAGGAAUGAGGGCUGGAACUCCAUAUUGAUCACACAUCACUACCCAGUGCUUCUGAUUGGUUGAAAAUUUGUGCUUCAUCCAAUCAGAACUACUACCUAGAUGUGGGUAGUGACACACCUUCAGUGUGGAAUUUCUGUGCUCAUUCUUUGGACAUCAUUUUGCGGGGAAACCAGCGUUGGUGUUGCAAAAGCCAGUUUUUUCUCAGGCUAGGAUUAAUUCGAAUAAAAUUUUGAUGAGAGCCUUCAUAUGGACAUUUAUUUUGACCAAAUAAACACCUUAUGAUGGGUAGUUAUUAUUAAAAGAACCUCCCCCAAUUUGCACAAUUGCUGAGGUAAAGUAAAUGUUAGUGAAAAGUUAGCCUUGUAGCUUGACCAGGAGAACGAUUAACUGAAAUAAAGUUACAUCUGGAACCCAUAACUACCAGUUUAAUUGACAUGUAAAACCUGAAUCAACUUUUCUAGCAGCUAGGAGGAAUGAGAGACAGCUGAUUUCACAGGCCAGCCCAAGAACAAUAUUUGUAAUCAUUGUCAUCUCACACUGUCCACAGGAAUAUUUUACUACGUCUACAUGGGGAUGCUAGCAGUGUUCUGCACAAAUGCAAUCAACAUCCUAUCAGGUAUAAAUGGUGUGGAGGCAGGGCAGUCACUUAUUAUCGCAAUCUCUAUCUUGGUGUUUAACUUUAUUGAGCUUCAAGGAACAUGUUGCUGGCAGGCUCACUUGUUCUCUGCUUACUUCAUGAUGCCAUUUAUUGCUACAUGUUCAGCAUUACUUUACUUCAACUGGUGAGUUGGUCCAAUGUUACGUACAUGUACAUGUAUCAUGUCUGGGGGGUGCCCCACCCCAAGGUCCAACCCCUUACCCCCUCAUAUACCAUUCUUGACAGGAAAGGUACCCAUUUCAUAAACCUACUGGCAAAUGGUACCUUUUUCACAUGUCUACUUUAGAAAUUUGCAUCCCUUUCAACUGCUGUAAAUGCAGUGUCUUUUGAUUAUGAAUAAAUCACAAAACCAGAAUGUUUUAUCGACCUUGUCACUGCCAUAAGGUGUAGCCCGUUUUUACAGACCAAAGUGACAGACUUCCCAACCUUUCAUAUAAUUAAACUAGUGAAAUCCCUACCCCUUCAUAUACAUGUACAUGUAGCCUGGAAAAGGUACCCUUUUGGUUAGAGCCUCCCCAUAUAGGCUUUUAUAGGCAGUACACCUCGGACCCUGGGUAUAAUAAUACAAUAUUAUUAUUGUACAGUGGAAUGUCACUUUCCUAAACCCUAAUUACUGUGAUCCUUCGAAUGAUUCAAUCCCUCUAAUUAACCUCCACACUCUAACAGACCAUGAAAAUGACAUCAAAAAUUUAAAAAAAAAAACAGUCAAAACUUUGCAGCAAAACCAAUAUCCAUGUCUUGUGGUUCAACUUGAUUGUUGACAUUUUGACAUUUCAUUAAUUUCUAUGGGUUAUUAGAGUAUGGGCAAAAGCAGGGUUGUCAAAAGUAGCCAGCUGCCGGCAAAAAUCGCCACCUAUUUGGUUAGUAUUGGCCGGCUACUCUGCUUGGCAUUUCUUUACGGAUGCUGUUUUUUACAUAAAAUAUCCCUGGACUGGCCGCUUACUUUGACAACUCAGCCGUCUACUUCAAAACUUUCUGACAACCGUGCAAGAGAAAUUAUUAUUGUUGCCCAUUUGUUGACUACUUAACUCUUAGCCUCUUUUUGUGUUCCAAGACUGAUGUAUCAAAAUUCCAUUUUAGGUACCCUUCUCAAGUGUUUGUUGGGGACACUUUCUGCUAUUUUGCUGGCAUGACAUUUGCAGUAGUUGGAAUCUUGGGACAUUUCAGUAAAACAAUGCUUCUCUUCUUUAUUCCGCAAGUCAUCAACUUUGUUUACUCUUUACCACAGCUGUUUCGUUUUAUCCCAUGCCCAAGACAUCGGCUGCCAAAGUAAGUUUAGUGUUGACCCAACUUAUGUUUCAACUAUGUGUGUAAAAAUAAUUAAUUAUUGGAAAAUGUUCACCAUCGCACUAGCAAAAGCUUGCAAUAGGAAAAUAUCAUGGCUGGAAUCUUAGCCUGUUUAGUAUUAACAAUACUAAAUGCAAAGUAACCUGGUGCAUUGUGUAUUUCUGUUAUUUAUUAAAGAAUGAGAAUUCAAACACCAGAAAGCUCAGAAAAAUCCCCUGAGCUCCAGGCAAGAAUAAUAUUGAACUCACGGCCCUCCAAGAUCUAGUUUGGACGCUCUAACCACUGAGCUCCUGAAACUCUAAUGGCGAGUGGGGUCGGAAUUUAAAUACAAGUACACCAGACUUUAAGGAUUGCAUUGGGGACUUGCUUGAAAUUUGGCCGUCCACCAGCAUACAAACCCAAGACUGUAUAUCUAUAUUAAAGGAGAAGGAGAAUUCAAACACCAGAUAAGCUCGGAAAAAUCCCCUGAGCUCCAGGCGGGAGCAGGAGCUAAGGCACCUGAUGAAAAGUCUUCUAUAUUAAUGCCUUUCUUCUGAAAAUGAGUUAUAUUAGCUUGAGAACAAAAAAUCGUUUUGAUAUAAAUAAUUUUUCACUUAGCCUCGCUCUGAAACAGAGGCUUGAGGCAACUUGCAAAUUGCCUAUUCAUUUUUAAGGUUAUGGAAAGCAGUUCAUUCUUUUAAAAAAUGACAGCUCUUGCUCUCAAAUAAUGUUAUACAUUUGUCUCAACAGGCUUAAUCCAGAGACUGGCAAACUAGGCAUGAGCCAUUCAGUGUUCAAGAAAUCUGACAUUCGUCCUCUAGGAAAACUCAUCUUAUCUGUGUUCAGCCUUCUAAGAUUAGUACAAGUUGAAGAUGGCGUGGGAGAGGAUAAAAAGUCUGUGCGUGUCAACAACUUUACAUUAAUAAACUUUGUCAUAAAAAUGCUUGGCCCAUUACAUGAAAGAACAUUGACUACUAUAAUGUUAGGAAUACAGGUAGGUUUUUUACCUCUCACUACCAAAUUAUUAAAAUUGAUGAUAUAUAAUUUACUUACUUUUCAAUCUGUGGAUGAAAUCCCGUGGUGUCACCAUUCUAAUGAGACCUCCCUGGCAGAACUUUUUUAUGCAUGGUGCUACAUCUAACAUGUUAGGAUUUUUCAAAAACAACAUUGGAAUUUUGUGAAUUCUCUUUUGUUGGCCACUAUUAGGUUGGCAUUUUUUCAUCUGAUGUGCGAAGAGAUUCUUCAAAAAUCAGAAUACAAAAAUAAAUGAUCAUUUCUAACAAAAUUUCUGUUCUCUGAUAUACAACAAAAUUAAUGGUUCAAAAGUUCUAAAAACCUAAUCCACAUUUUUUUAGAAAAUUAAUGUACAUAUAUGUGAAGAUUGGUUUGGUCAUAUAUCAUGAAAUUCUGUUCUUUAUCUGUUCUUGGGGAGCAACAACAACAACAGUGGCAAAAACAUUUCAUAAAAAGUGUAUUCAAACUGUUUCAAAAUUCAUCGCUCUUAUUCCAAGUCAUCAUUGUCAAAUUAUUAAUGUUAAUGAGUUUUCCUGGAGUUGAAUUGUCAAGGACUGUAUAGUAUCUAACUUUAAAAAGAGAGUAUUAGAAAAUCACUGUCUUGCAUUCAUAUUUUCAACAAAACGUAAAAUAAGGCAGUUUUGUGUCGUGGUUAUUUUAUGGCAACAAAGAAAUGUGCAAAAAAGUGUGAUUCAAGUGCAAAGUUGUUGUUUUGCUAAUCUGCUUUUAUGCCGUUUUUGUUGUCAUCAUUGCCGUUGUUUUUUAAGCUCCCUAUUGCUACAAGCUAUGAUUGAUGCAUUGCAGUGGCAAGUGAAAACUACUGAGACCAGUCUCUCUUGUUUGCAGAUCCUCGGAAGUGCUGUAGCAUUUAUCAUCCGUUAUCACCUAGUAAGAUUUUUCUACGAUGUAGAACCACAUUAAAAAUCAGAAUUUGUUUUUUACAAGAUUGAAUUUCAGUGGUAUAUUCCUCAUUUGGAUAUUUCCAUGGUGAUACAAGACAGAGGCUGAAUUGACAGCCUAAAAUAAGAAAAUUCAGGACAAGAAAUGUCAAUUUUAACUAUG